AUUCAUCAUCCCUGAUGCUUCUGGGCAGGAAAGUGGGCAACAAUUGUAACAAGAGUCCGACUUUUCACGUACGGCACAUCCAGCCACGUGAUAUUGAGGCCAACUUGGAUCGUGCUGCGGCAAUGAGGACGUUGGCGAGCUUUCGGUACGACUACUAUUUCUAAGUCGUGUUUCUUGACGUAACAAUUGCCCUUCUUGGACUGCAUCAGAGUGGGCAAUAUGACCUAUUAGGAGUUGUUCGAUGAAAGUCUUCGACGUAGAAGGAAUCUUCUCCACCGUUUAUUCUGUGUUAUUUCUCAAACAGUCACAAAAUAAAAUAUACCACAUUUCAAUCUACAAAACUAAAAUGAGCCGCAUACCAAUUAAAUCUAUUCUGCCGCGCGACUGCUGGGUACACUACUACUGCUAGUACAACAAAUUAUCUAGUAACCACAUCUACAACGAACUCUACAGCUUGGAGUCCUCCAUGGAAUGGGAGUUGUUGGAUGUGCAACCACGCAAAUUUGAAGCUUACACGCGCAAAGCUCAGCUACGUCGUGUUGUGCACAUCGAAAAACGUUUCUGCGAGAAACAGAAAGCUGGUCAAAGGCACACAGAAAAGGAAAAACGCGCAGCAUUGGCUCAAGCUGUUGAGAGCGCACACCGUUUGUACGAACGUGCGAAGAGACAAGCGAAAGGAUUGCCGGAAGGUACUUUUUUUGGUUUAGGCUAUUAUCAAAGUACCGGGUUAGGAAAGGGUUGCUGGGAUUGAGCUAAUAUUUUUGAAAGCUUCAUCUGGAUCUAAUGGUAGUAGUAGCUGCGUCUGCGGCAAUUGUCGUUAUGUUUAGGCUAUUAUACACAGAUGCUCAUGUUGUUGUCUUCAAUGAAGAUCAGGUUCAAUUUUUUCGAGAAAAAAAUUAUUCUAAGAUCCGAUAAAUUUGGUGAAAGUAGGUGAUGCACACCAAGAGCAAAUGAGCUGUGUUGAACAUGAACUACUACUACAUCCUUGUCUCAGGAAAAACAG